AUGUCUAAAGUUCCAUUGGUAACCAGAAAAAACAUCAAGGACGCUGAGGCAACCAACGCUGAGUACUUGGCCAAGAUCAACAAGACCUUGGGCACCGAGUGGACCUUGGACGUGGACUACGCUGGGUUGUAUGCCGAGAUCGCCACCGCUAAGCCAGAUUAUGCUGAAACCGUCGGUGACGUGACCACUUGGUACUUUGAGAGAUUGGCAGACAAUCUCGAAUCCUUCGUUAACAAGGACGAUAUGUACAAGGAGGCUUUGGUUGAAGAGGUCUCUGCCAACAAGAUCAAGGCGUUCGAGAUCGUGGACGAGGACUCCUUCUACAACAAGGUUGCCAUCAAGGAUGGCGCCUUGGUGUUGAUUGUCCCCAGAAACAACAUCGCCACCAACGUCGACAAUAUUGCCCAAGAUUUGGAAUCCAUUCUUUAG